AUGUCGAGCAACAAAAGAAAGGCUGUCAUAUUGGUAGGCAUGCUAAAACAGCCGGACAAAAGCUUCGUUUGUCCAGCGUGUUUCAAGUCAUACUCCCGAAUGAGCGACUUGAGAAAUCAUCUCAAACAAUUGAAGGACGCGGAAGAUCAUAGAGGUCUUUCGGAGAGGGAGGAAUCCGAAUUUCGACGCAGCUACGCGAAGAUAAUCGGGUGGAAGCCAACAGACAAGGAGGCAGAGCUGGAGCUUCCACGCGAACGAUUCGCUGCUUUUACACGAGACGUUGUCGUUGAGAAAAUAGCCUCCCAGACAAAGGACCUUUUACAAUCAAAGAUCCAGAUAUAUCUGCAAAUUGCUCUGUCCUCCGGAAUGGCCCACGUGUGUCCCGAAUGUGUUGACCAGGACUUGCGGUAUUUCAACAAGAUGGUCGAUUUCGAUGCCCAUUGUUGGGAAAGAAACGACCAAACACACAUGGGCCUGUUAUCGAAGACCCCGGCAGACUUUCUUCCUGCCUACCUCCAAGCAAUGGGGCUCCCCCACAUCGAAGAUUUGCCCCCUGGAAGCGAUAAACCGGGUCGCUGGACCAAUGAACGAUAUUUGAAGACAGCUUAUGUCUUCCAAACAAAGAAAAGGUACUACAAGAAAGAGAGAAAAAACAUGCAAGCUCAAUACUAA